CCGCAUCGUCAUCCCCGAACUCACCUCCACGGCUCUUUCUACCGUAUUCGAAGUGCAAAAGCGAGACAAUCAACAUGGACGUCCUCGACCUACUCCUCCUCAUCUUCUCCCUCUUCGCCGUUUCUUCCAACGCCCAAUUCGGCUUCUUCGAUCAAAUGUUCAACGGCGGCGGGCAGCAGCAACAACACCAGCCGCAGAACGUGAGGAGCGACAGCCAGUGGUAUCAGGAAAAUUACAAUGCCGCUCAUUGCUCGAACUAUCUAUGCCCCGGAACUCUCUCCUGCGUACACUUCCCCCACCACUGCCCCUGCGCCUGGGACGUCGAGGACAAAGUCGAGCUCGGGGACGGGAUCGCCAUAUGCGCAAGCAAAGGCGGGUACAAGGAGGGCGAGACGGCGAGGAAGAUCGAGUUGGCGCGGAAGGGGUUGCUAUAAAAACUUGCUGGGCUGAGAGGGAGUAGGGAAUAGGGAUGAAAAGAUUUAAUCGCGUUUUCGAUUCAGAAGAAUGGCGAUCUAACAAAAAGCGCACAGAGUCUCGUCUUGGGCAGCCGCGCAUUGUUCUGCCACUGCUUAGAGCGUUAUGAAAUAGAUUAGUUUGUUGACGGAAACGGCGUUAUGGGAAAGAUGUAUAAAGCAACAUGAGCCUUCACACUUGCAAGGAACGCUAUUCAAGCCAACGCGUAUGAUUACGCGGAUACGUCGCUCAUUACC